UAUUUAGUCAUCAGUAUUACCAUUGAAUAAGAAUAGUGUUUUUAUUCAAUGGUAUUCAUUCAUCAUCAUGUUUUGAAUAUUUGGAAUUUACUCCACCAACCUUAGAUUAAAGUUGUAUAAAUACAUUGUACUUACCUAAAUUGUAACCAGUCUAUACAAAAUGUUUAAGACUGCCUUCUAGAUGGAUAAAGAAACCAGCUAUCACCUUUCUACAGCACUGGAAGAGUUUCUAAUUGGACGAAAUGUAGCAGAAGAUACUCUAAAUUACCUUCGACUACAUAAGAUUGACACGGAUAUUAUUGCUUUAAUGGAUGAAACGGAACUUUCAAAAUUAUUUGCAUCUUAUGGAGAUAGACUUGCUGUUGUAGAUUUUUGUAAACGACAAGUUCAUACAAACAAUCGCAAAAUCAGUUUGUUUGAUCGUCUUCGCAAAAAAGUGUCAAACAAACGCAAACAUAGUAACUCUUACAGCGAAGACGAUGAUUCAAUGCAACCAAGCAGUACAAAACCCCGAAAUGGUAAAAAUACGAGACUCAUAAAACUUGGAUGGUUUCACUACAAUGAAACAUUCAAGGAACCGAAGCAAGUACGAGCAAUUAACGGAGGCGGUAGUAGAGAUGUUCGCGUACCUAAAUAUUACAAUAAACAAGACAUCAUUGACGAAGGAUGCAAUCUAUUUUUCCCUAACGGUACAUCUUCAAAAGGACUAAAGUUGUCCGAUAUGAACACUACCCUAUUAGACUUUUGUGCUAAAGAACUAGAGGAUGAAAAAGGAAGUAUGUGA